AUGCACGGCCGUGCGGUCUUUGCUGUCCUAGUCGGGUUAGCAGGAAUGAUGGUAGAAUGUUUCGUACCAACACGGAGACAAAUCUCGACGUCCUUCGCAGGAAGCAACGAGUACUUUCUUCACGUGCUGCCUACGUCCGAGCAGAAGACAUAUAUUGAAACGCUCGCUGGAUGGGGGGCCAAGGUCGUAAGGCUAUGGGGUAAUUCACCCGUGUACAAUCCCGAACCUCUUUCGACAAAUAUUGAUGCAGGGUGCUUGAAAGGAAGCACUAUCGCCAAUUCCGUGCCACCGCUCGAAACGACUAUCGGCGUGUAUGAUAAGACUGUCUUGGCUGCGCUGGAUGACACGCUGAAGCUACUUCACGACAAUGGGAUGAAGGCUAUCAUUUCUCCCCAUAACGCCAACUCACUAACUGGCGACGUAGCAUGUGAUGCGUACUGCCAAAAGUAUACCGACGCAUCUACCUUCUAUUUCUCAACCGAAGCCAAAGCAGACUACGACAAGCGACUGGUAGAGAUCCUAAACUACCAGUCGCCAAACUUCGGCGAAGCCUGGAAAGACCUAGAUCAGGUGAUUAUGGCUUUCGACCUCCAGAACGAGCCUCUGAUCAAGCAGCUUGACAAGUUGAACGGUAACGAUCCGGACGAUUGGCUGUGUGGCCGUGCUGGAGUAAUGCGCAAUGCUCUCGGAUCUUCUAACGUCAAGGUCACCACCGGCGGUAUUGGCGGAUCACACUAUUGCUGUAACCACGAGUUCAAUACGCUGGAGAAGGCCAUGCAGUGCGAUACAAUCGACAUCAUCAGUAUGCAUGGUUACAUGAGCAAGGCGUCUGACUGGGCCUACUACGUUACCGGCGACAAGGAGGUAUUGAGUGGAGCGAAAGCUGCAGGAAAGAACAUCAUGAUGGAAGAGUGGGGUGUUUCGACUGACUUCCAAGACUCUUUCGACAUGCAGGUCCAAGUAUUCAAUGAUGCUGGAGUUCCUUGGCUUUAUUGGCAGAUCGUCCCUGGCUUAGACGGUUCUGAAGCUGGAGCGCCGACCAGUUGUGGUUAUGAUGGUUUUGAGAUUGGACUGGAUAGCCCAAAGGGCGAUGUUGCUAGCGCAAUUGCUGCAGCAAACGCGGCUCCUGCAGCGCAAAGUUGGGCAGGUUACUUGAGAUGA